ACCAGUUCUGGUUUCAGUCUUUGGAUUGCGCUGUAUCCAUACGUUUGUGGCGAGCAAAAUGACGGUUCGUGGGCAAAUAGUUCUUUCAAUAAUCUUCUUGCAGUUCCUCUUCUCUGCCGGCUCUCAAACCGCUCAACCAGCCAAUCCAGAGUUGCAAAUGUUUAUACAGCGCGUUGAACGCCUCGUACUGAACACAACCAAUCGUGCGCUGAUCAUCACCCGAAACGUUUACCUCAACCUAAGCAAAGAGAUGCCGCCAACACUCUUGGAAGCCACCAAUCAAACGAUGCAGCAUUAUAUUGCGCAGGUACAGGAAGCGUUAGAUGGCACUUCAUAUACGAACUUUACAUUGAAGCGUAAAUUGCUGCGUCAAUUCAAAGUGAACAAUUUGCAUAUUGAAUUGCUACGCCGCCAAUUGGAACCCCUACAACCGGAAUUCAACUUUCAACUAAUCUCAGACGAAUUCUACAAGUCCAAAAAGAACGUUACAGAGUUUGAUAACUUGUAUUUGAGUUUCAUGGACGAGUUUGCGGCCUCGUCGCAGCAGUUGUGGGACACACUGUCUGAAACCACCGUUGAGGAGCAGCAGGAGCUGCUGGAAUUGCUUGAUGAGAUUUCCAAGGAAGUGCAAUUGCGUGAGAAGGAUAAGUUAUAUGAUGAGUUUAUCGCCAUGUAUCUAUUUAAAAUUGAAGAGAAUGAGCAGGAGGCUAAGGAAUUAUACUGAAAGCGAAUGAGAUUAUUACAAAUACACAUAACUAUCUGUUUUUGAUUUAUUGAAUCACACAUAUAGUCUCUCAUAUUUUGAGAUAUCGAUCUAAAAUUUUGUACACGUCCUUUUCCCCCCAAGAAGCUGAUCAGUUGUCGGAACUACGGGUAUAAGACAUCAACGUUCAAUCCUUUAAUGGAAAACAUUUUUAUUUGACAAGAUAUCUAAACGAACUUUACCACGAAUUAUUACCGAAGGCAAUGCUAUGAUCUCCGAAAAUAUUAUAUGGAUCGGGCCAAUGUAUAGCUGCCAUACAAUCUAAUCGUUCAAAAUCCAGGUUUGAUCUGUUUGUAUCCUUGUGAAGGGUUAUAUACAGUUAGAAGGCCGAAAGAAAUGAAUUUUCCAGAAGUUUGUCUGAGAAAACUUUUUAAUUUAUUGGUCCAAGAAUAUAUUGUUUAUAGUAUUAUAUACAUUUUAUGGCAUUUUUUGACUAUAUUUUAAGACUUAGUACUAUUAAAAAUAAUUAUUUGGAAAAGAGCUACAGCUGAUCUUCGGGAGCUCCUCUCAAAAAAGACGUUUUGCGGUGACCACUAUAUUUCUGAACUGGAUCUUCUGAAUUUAAAAACCAAUUAGAUUUCGUGAAAGUAAUGUUAAAUCUAGUAAUUAAGCGAAGGAAUAAGCAAAAUAAAACUUUUUGACUAAAUGGCGGUUUCUCAAAAAACAAAAGGUCGAUUUUUGACCGAAAUUUCGGCCUUAAAUUGUUUAUAAAAACAAAAACAUUUAUCGGAGGGAAAAAGUCUUCGAUUAAUUACUAUAAAAUAUAUUUAAGAAGCUCGUGUUCAAAUUUGAGACUAAUCAGUUCAGCCGUUUUCGAGGUUGGUC